AUGAUCUUGCACUUUGGGUUCCGUAGCGAGGGGCACGAUGAUCAGAUUGAGCUUUGGAUCUUCAUCACCGCCUACAUUGGUAUGGUUCCAGCUGCGAACCUCGUCGGCUUUGGUGGGCAGGAAUUGGCUAGAAAGUUGCCCAAGGUCCUUGGCGUUCUGGUUGAGACCACGUUCGGCAGUAUCGUGGAAAUCAUUCUCUUCACYGUGCUCAUUGUUGGACCCGACGAAAAUGCACAAGUCAUCCGCGCGGCCAUAUUGGGAUCCAUUCUUGCGAAUUUGCUACUGUGCUUGGGAUUGUGCUUCUUCGUCGGCGGUAUCUUUCACCCGCAGCAGACGUUUCACGAGGCUAUCUCCGAAGUGGGUAGUAAUUUGAUGCUGGUGGCUGGGAUGGCUCUCGUGAUCCCAACAAUCUACUACCAAACUCUUGUCAGUCGGAAUGAUCAGCCAAUCGAGCGUGAGGCACUCAAGAUAUCCCGCGCCACCGCCUUGAUCCUUCUGGUAGCCUUCUUAUUCUACGUCUGGUUCCAGGUACGCAGCCACCACGGUCUGUACGAGGAUAUUCUGGAAGCCGACGAGAUGCGAGACCACGAUCGCCACAGAGAUCUCGCCAAAGCGAAGCUCACAUUGACCGAAUCCAUUGUGGCUGUCAUCAUUGCGUUGACCUUUGUCAGCUUCAURGCCAUCUUUCUGGUGCAGGAAAUCCAUUAUAUGGUGGAGGUGCGAGGCAUCUCCGACGCAUUCAUCGGACUCAUCCUCAUUCCGAUUGUUGAAAAAGCAUCUGAGCAUAUCACGGCUGUUGACGAAGCGUACGACAACCAAAUGAACUUUGCUCUUAGCCACGUCCUCGGCGCAAGCAUCCAGACCGCACUCCUCAACACACCAAUCGUGGUACUCCUCGGAUGGACUCUGAGCAAGGAUCAGAUGAGCCUAAACUUUGAGCUGUUUGAUGCAAUCGUGUUGAUCCUCGCCAUCAUUGUGGUCGGAAAUUUCCUUAGAGAUGAAAAGAGCGACUACCUGGAGGGUGCGCUGUGUGUGUUUGUGUACAUUCUGAUUGCCGUCACGGCAUGGUACUACCCGGAUCCACUGCACGCAGGCGAGACUUCAAGUGGAAGCGCUGAGGCUGCCCAUCGGAUGAUGAUGAGAGAGCUUUGA